AUGGACGAGUUUCUGUCCACACCUGACGGCCUCAGACACACGCGGCCGUCGGGCAAAAUGGCGCCUGAUUCACCAGGCACAAGCAGCACGGCCGGAUCCAUAGCAGGCUCCACACAAGCAGACACCCUAACCCAGAUAUCUGCUGAGUUAGCAGCCAUAGCCUCCAACAUGCUGACAAAGGCAGACAAGGUGACCCUGGUACAGGAAAUGCGCUCUGCCAUCAGGGAAGAGAUUCAAGAGGUGAGAAAUGAUCUAACCACCCUGGAGCAGCGGGUCACUGAGCUGGAAGCUGAUUGUAUGCUGGCCUCUCAACACUCCCAAGCUGCCGACAAUGCCACCUCAAGGCAGGGUACCGUCCUCCUGGAUCUAAGAAGACAGGUCGAAGACCUGGAUAACCGCGGACGACGUAAUAAUAUCCGCGUGCGAGGCCUGCCAGAACAAACGGGGGAAGACCUCAGCGACAUCCUGCAGCGACUUUUCGCGGAUGUACUGGGAGAGGAAGCCCCAGACACCUACAAUAUUGAGAGAGCCCACAGAGCACUCCGACCCCCUAGGAACGACGGACCCCCCAGAGACAUUAUAUGCUGUCUACUAUCUUUUCAACUAAAAGAAGCCAUUAUGAAGGCGGCCAGAUCACAAAACAUCACGUAUCUUGGCGCCCAGGUGUCCCUGUUUCAAGAUCUCUCGCCCCUGACGCUGGAAGCCCGCCGAGCACUACGUCCACUUACCCGAAUGCUGCAAGAUAGGAGGAUCCCGUACAGAUGGGGACACCCUUUUAGCCUGCAAGCCCGGAAGGACAAUGCAUGGCGCACGCUGAGAUGGCCGAACGAAGUCCCCGGGUUCCUGAGAGCCCUGGACCUGCCUGCGGUAGCCAUACCUAACUGGAUCUUGAUGGGUCCACCACAGCAUCCUGCGGGCCCCGCUGGUCCGACACCGCCUAGCAACCGGAGGGAAAGGCCCCCACGAAGAGGGGGACCGGACGGCCCCGAAGAAUAA